AUGAUAUUCCUUCGCCAUCAUCUCCAUGAGGACCUCAAGAAUGAGUACUUGAAUGUGAAAGAUCCUCAAAUCCUCUGGAUUGGUCUCAAGGAGAGGUAUGAUCACCAGAAGACAGUGAUCUUACCUAGAGCUCGUUAUGAUUGGCAACAGAGACUUCAGGACUACAAGUCUGUAAGUGAGUAUAACUCAGCCUUGUUCAAAAUUACCUCCAAGUUGGAGUUAUGUGGAGAGACAAUCACGGAUGCUGAUAAGUUGGAGAAGACAUUCUCUACCUUUCAUGCAAACAAUGUUGUCCUGCAAACAAAAUACCGUGAAAAAGGAUUCCAAAGGUAUUCCCAGCUCAUUUCUUGUCUCCUUGUCGCUGAGCAAAAUAACGAGCUACUGAUGAAGAAUCAUGGUCUACGCCCAACUGGCUCUGCUCCAUUCCCUGAAGCGAAUGUGACAUCCUCUAACCACCAUGGCCGAGGAUACACUCGUGGUCGUGGUCGUGGUCGUGGCUAUGGCCGAGGACGUGGAAGAGACUAUGGUCGAGGUCGUGGAGUUCAUUUUAAGACCCCAACCCCACGCAGGAAGUGGGAAAAGAAAGAGAGUAACAAACAAGCAACACAUUCGAAUGUGAAUGUUUGUUACCACUGUGGAGGAAAAGACCAUUGGUCCCGUACAUGUCGUACACCAAAACAUCUUGUUGACCUUUAUCAACUAUCUGUGAAACAAAAGGGCAAGAAUGUGGAAACAAACUUGGUGUAUGAAGAUGGAGAAGAUGACUUUGGUUUGCUUAGUGAGACAGCUCACAUGGAACUUGCUGAUUUCCUUGCCCCUGAAGGGAAUAAUUGA